AUGCUCUCAACUAUAACAUCUUUCCUCAUCCUUCUGUUCUUUGUUACCACAGUCUCCGCCUAUCCCUUCGAGGAGAACUCCUUUCCUCGUCUCCAGGAUACUUUAGCCACUGGCACCAAACCCGGUGACCCCCCCAAAUUCGGUGGUGGGUAUGACUACGUCGUAGUGGGCGGUGGCACAACCGGGCUCCUAGUAGCCAGUCGGCUAGCAAAGGCAGGAAACUCAGUCGCCGUUAUCGAAAACGGCACAUACCCUACUGGGAAUUUGACUACAGUGCCAGGGUACAAUGAGCAGUGGUUUAGCAGGGUGUUGCCGUCGAAUUGGACGGAUAUGGUGAAUGUGUGGCCUACUGUGCAGCAGGUGGGAGGGGGAGAGCAGCAGCAUAUGAUGGGGAGAAUGCCUUUGUUAUGGUUAUGUCUGAUAGAAUUGCAGAUCGGAGGGAGCCAGGGCUUUACCUUUGUCGAUUACUUCCGCACUACUAAGGGGGCUAUGAAAAGAUGGGCUGACGAAACUGGCGAUGAUUCCUGGACUUGGGAGAAUGUCCAGCAAUACUAUAAAAAGUCAUUCAAAUUCACACCACCGAACAAUACCGCAAGACCAUCGAAUGCCACACCGGACUAUGAGUCAAGUCAAAUCGUUGGUUCUACGCCUGGGCCACUAGAACUCACCUUCCCCAAAUAUGCCCAGGCAUUUGGUAGCUGGGUUAAACUUGGUCUCAACGAAUUAAAAGCUGGUAUCAAUCGAGUCUUUGUCGAGGGCGAUAUCAAAGGUGCCAGUUGGAUCUUAAAUAUGAUCGAUUCGCAAACGGGCAAUCGCGCCACAACAUAUACAGCUUUCUUGGAACCAACACAGAAAGAUGACACGUCGAAGAUUGACGUGUAUGUGGAGACGCUGGCCGAGAGAACUUUGUCAAACACUCCCCCUGGCAGCGACCCCGUAACCAUCGGAGUCUUAGUGAAACGGUGGGGCAUGAGAUUUCCGAUAUUCGCAGGGAAAGAAGUAAUCCUAGCUGGAGGACCCAUACUUACUCCUCAAUUUCUCAUGGUGUCUGGUAUCGGUCCUCAGGAUCACCUGCAGGAGAUGAACAUUACAGUCCUAGCUAAUAGACCGGGAGUCGGCCAGAACUACAACGAUCAUAUUCUCUUCGGCGUCAAGCACGCAGUACAAGUGGAGACAACAUCGGUGCUCCUCAACGAUACCAGGAAGUGGCAAGAGUGCGAAAGAUUCAAAGCUCACGCAAAUGGCAUGCUGGCCGAUCCGGGCCCGGAUUUCGCCGCCUUUGUCGAUUACCCGGAAGAUAUUCGCCAAAACCUGUCUGCCCAGACUAAAUCAGGUAAUUUGUGGCCUUGUGUCUCUCGUGGUUCCGUUGUGCCUAAUAAUAUGAUUCUAGAUCUCUCCCAAUUCCCCUCUGACUGGCCAGAUAUCGGUAUCGUAUCUUCUCCACUCGGCGUCAAUGGCGACGGCAAUCACAACUAUGCAGACCUCGUCUGCAUCCCUAUGAAGCCCAUAUCCAAGGGAACUAUUAAACUCAGAUCUAAGUCCAUGGAUGAUAAGCCUGUGCUGGAUCCGCAAUGGCUUAAAUCUCCGACAGACAUGGAUACUGCCGUCGCCGGUCUGCAGUACCUUCUGCGCCUCUAUGGAACGAACAGCAUGAAGCCCAUCUUAAAUGCCUCGGGUAAACCUAUCGAUCUAGAAAGUUCUAACAAGGACGACCUCAUUAAGUAUGUGAAAAACAACUAUCGAACGUUGAAUCACCAAUCUGCAUCGUGCCGAAUGGGAAAGCGAGACGAUCCUAUGGCCGUGGUGGAUAGUAAGGGCAAGGUAAUCGGAGUUGAUAGAUUGAGAAUUGCUGACCCGUCCGCCUGGCCUUUCUUGCCAGCGGGAUUUCCGUUAGGCACUGCCUAUAUGUUUGCGGAGAAGAUAGCCGAUAACAUCCUCAGUGAUCAUGGAAGUGACAAGGAUGAGGAUGAGGAUGAGCUGCGAGUGGAACUCUAG